AUGGAGGAUGGAGAAGGACAUGGGAUGCUUAGGCCAACGCUGCUGUUGAAUGAAAUGCUGCUGAUCCAAGCUCUUGUAAUUGUUUACAUGAAUGGGACAGCCAUUGAAAAUUUUGCCUGUGUCAUUUUUAAUGUUUCCUUCAUGAACUGCACCUGGCAUGUGAGCAGGACUGCUACAAGAGAUACCCAAUAUUUCCUGUACUGGCAGCCCUCAGAAGAAGAAGACAUCACUGGAUGCCAGGAUUACAUCAAAGAUGAUUCUGGAAGACACACAGGAUGUCGAUUCCAAAAUGUGACAAUAGCACAGAAUGAUGCUUAUUUCCUGGUAAAUGGGUCUAGAAGUGGACAAAACAUUGAGUCAUAUGAGAAGUGGAUUAUGCUACAUGAAAUUGAAAAAUUCACCCCUCCACUAAAUGUCACUGUGAACUGUACAGAAGCUUCUCACAGUUGUAAUAUUUGGUGGAAACCACCUCGCACAAGUUAUAAGAAAAGAAGUAGUUGUUUCAAAUAUGACAUUGUCAUAGAAAAAAAGGCUGAUCCUGAGAAAAUCACCAAAAUCACAUCUGAAACAACAGAAUACAAAUCAAUAAACCAUGAAACUGAAGAAACAAUAAAUAUUGAAGAAGUGAUGUAA